UCGUCAGCCUCGUCGCGUCUCUGGUUAUCCGGCUAUCUGAACAAUCCGUACAAAUCGUAAGAUCCACCAAGUCGGAAAUUCCCUGCGUGGGUGAAACUAUAAGAUCAGAACGCGCUUUCGGUGAUUCGGUGACGCAGAGUGCUUUGUGACAGUGCUUGAACUAAUUUAACAGAGAUCCUAGUCUCGCUGAAGAUGAGCGAAACAGCCAGCUCCAAUUGCUCCAAGGAUCGUGCUAAACCGGUGGAAACCCUCGUUUUGGCCAACUAUGCCUUGAAGGCCGAACAGAAGAAGGCCCAAGGACAAGGGGGCCGCAAGGAGGACGAACGCAUCACGACUGCGGUGAUGAAGGUCCUCGAGGGCUACGACUGGAACCUGGUUCAGGCAUCGGCCAAGGCUCCCACGGACCGCAAGAAGGAGCACAUCAAGCGCCCGAUGAACGCCUUUAUGGUCUGGGCCCAGGCUGCCCGGCGGGUCAUGUCCAAGCAGUAUCCGCAUCUCCAGAACUCCGAGCUAAGCAAAUCGCUGGGCAAGCUGUGGAAAAAUCUAAAGGAUAGCGACAAGAAGCCCUUUAUGGAAUUCGCAGAGAAGCUUCGCAUGACGCACAAGCAGGAGCACCCAGACUACAAGUACCAGCCGCGUCGUAAAAAGGCGCGGGUGAUGCCAGCCCAGCAGAGCGGGGAGGGAGGAUCCCCGGGACCAGAGAUGAGUUCAUCAGCCGUUCCCGGAAACGCAAAGCCAAGGAGCAGCACGACCAAUGGCCAAAGGCGAGCCGGGAAAUCAAAUGCAGCUGGCCUGGGAAGCUGCCCCUCGACCAUCUCCGGCUCUAAUGUGGGCACAAGCUCCUCCGAUGUAUUCAGUAAUGAGGCCUUCAUGAAAUCCCUGAAUAGUGCCUGUGCGGCCAGUUUGAUGGAGCAGGGUCUCAUCGAAGCUGGCCUGGAUUCCCCAUGCUCCACGGCCAGUUCGUUGUCCUCCUUGACGCCCCCGGCCACGCCUUACAGUGGAGCCCCCUCGAGCGGGAAAUCCUCAGCAGCAAAUAACUCGAGUCUCUUGCUAAGGCAGCUCUCCGAGCCCGUGGCCAAUGGAGGCCAUGAUUAUGGAGUACUGCUCGAGGCUGGCAGGGAGUAUGUGGCCCUAGGUGAGGUCAAUUAUCAGGGACAGUCGGCGGGAGUUCAGAGUGGAGGAGGUCAGGAAAUGGAUUUCCUGGAGAACAUCAACGGGUAUGGGGGCUAUGCGGGCAGUCGGGUGAGCUACCCUGGCUACUCAUAUCCCACAAAUGGGAACCACUUCGCCGGCGAGGAGCACCAACAGCACCAGCAGCAGCAGCAGCAGGCGUCACAGGCCAGUGGAGCCUUAAAUUACAAGCCGGCAGCCACCGACAUCGAUCCCAAGGAAAUUGACCAGUAUCUCAUGGAUCAAAUGCUGCCCAUGACGCAGCACCACCAUCCGCACAACCCCCUGCACCACCCGCUGCACCACUCGCCGCCUUUGAACUCCUCCGCCUCGCUCUCCUCGGCCUGCUCCAGCGCCAGCUCGCAGCCGGUGGUGGAGUACUACGAGCACUUGGGCUACUCCCCCGCAGCCUCCAGCAACCUGGCCCCCAACUUCGCCCACCAGCAACCGUAUGCCAACGGGGCAGCCGCCCUGACCCCCACUCUGAGUGACCCCGCACCGCAACAGGAGCUGCAGUCCCAGCAGCAGGAGCAGCAUCACCAGAAUCCAUCGCAGCAUCAUCUGUGGGGCACUUACCCUUAUGUCAAUUCCUAAGCUACUUCAUUUGCACAUUUGUUGGGGGGCACUGAAAGAAAAGGGCCAUAGCAGCUGGCACAUUUUGUACAGAUAAGCUUUUUGGGGACUUUGUAAGCUACUUAAAUAAAUUCCUAGAACAAGAAGCACGGCAUUCCUAGAUGUACUUUGGGUUUUUCAUCUUAAAUCUUGAAUGAAAAUAUAUAUCCGAAUAUUAUUUUAGAUAUUUAUCCCCAUCCCAUAAUAAAUUAUUAUAAAUAUAAAAAGUUUAACAUAAUUUUGGCCUUCUUUGUUGUGAAAGUGAGACUUCCUUCUUUUUCUCUGUGCACACCACCCCCUUCACUUCCGUUUCCUCCCCUCUUUAUGGGUCACUUAGAUGGCUUUCGUUUAUUGGUUUAUUGUCUGUGCAAUGUCUGUGUGCGUGGGGAGCUGUGCAUGUGUGUGUUUUUUGGCCCGAGGGUCUUUUCAAAGGUUCCCUGCAAUUUAAGCUAAUCGCUGCGAUUUUCCUUUAUGGCUGCAUUAUUUCCUUGCCCCAUCAAUAUGCAAUUCCAGUAAGAAUCGAAGGAAAGCCAUGACCAUGCAAUCUAAAUGGAAAUGCCCGAAGUUUUCGUGGGAACACAAAAACACCGAGUUCAUAGCUAAUUGUGAGCAACGUAAACUAGUAGUUGUAAUUCGUAAUCCUAAGGACAUAACUCUUAAUUGGUCAGAAAGUAUACGGCAAAGUAUAAGC